CGCCCGCAGUAUCUACACCUACAUGCCCGACGCUAGGCACACCCACCACUGCCACGCGCCGCCACUGCGACCGCUCCUCACUCUCUCGGCGGCGUCCACGCCACUCCCCGAUGCAGUGACGUGCGCUUCCCCGCCUCAGUCUGCAACUCGUGCGGCAGAUCGUGCGUCCACGCGCCGAACAUAGUGUCAGACCCAAUCCCCCUGAACGCGAGUCAUCGUAGGAAGCUGUUUGGUCGCCGCGUCAUUUUCCAAGUAUGAAAUGAGUUUUUUUAAAAAAAAAUAAAAUAAUAAAAAAAGAACUAUUAUUUAUUUGGCGUUUCUUCUCCCACCCCAUCCCCACACCGCGCUUCUCUCAACCUUACAGAGAGAGAGAGAGAGAGGGUGUGUGCGUGUGUGUGUUUUUAAUUGCGACGGGAAGUGGUUUUCCGACGUCAAGCACAAGCGAGGAGAUUUCUUUAUAGUUCUUCGAUCGAUUCGGUGCUUUCUAAUUUCCGUUUCAGUGCUCUGUUUGAGAAAGCUUGGAGUUCCGACGAAAUUUCAAGACGGGCACAAAUGGUUGGAAUGAUGCCGAAAUGGAUAGCUAUGGUGUUUGUUUUGUGUUGGGGACUGAGGCGGACGUGUCAAGCUUGGUCGUUUUAUUCGCAGGGUUUGCCGUCCACAAUGUAAGCAAUUCAACUUUUGGGGUGAGCUAGCUCGAUGGCCGCCAACUCCUCCGCCCUGCAAAUUAAUUACCAAAAACUCGACUAAUUUUGGUGGUCCUCUCUGCCUCUGCGCCUCACUCGGCACAUGCCUGCUUAAAGAAUAAUUUACCUUGCAAGUUUGAUGUAGAAUUUGCCCACCCACGCAGCAGCUGCAGCAGCAGUAUCUGGUUUCAUUGGUCUAACUAAUUAAGAAACUAGCGGGCAUCAAUGGCGAAGGUUUGCUGGCCGUACUUCGACCCAGAGUACGAGAACUUGAGCAUCCGAAUUCAUCCUCCCAGGGUAUCUGUAGAUAACACUAGUUGCAGAGACUGUACUUUGAUCAAGGUUGAUAGCAAGAACAAACCAGGAAUACUGCUGGAAGUAGUGCAAAUCCUGUCUGACCUUGACCUCAUCAUCACCAAAGCAUACAUCUCCUCUGAUGGUGGAUGGUUCAUGGAUGUGUUUCAUGUCACGGAUCAACAGGGGAAUAAAAUUACUGAUGGCAAAACCAUCGACUACAUAGAAAAGGCUCUAGGACCAAAGGGCCAUAUCACAGAUGGGGUGAAAAGUUGGCCUGGGAAACGAGUGGGCGUGCACUCUGUUGGCGACCACACAGCCAUUGAGCUCAUAGGCAGGGACCGCCCAGGUCUUCUUUCAGAGAUCUCUGCUGUCCUUGCCAACCUCAACCUUAAUGUUGCUGCUGCUGAAGUUUGGACACACAAUAAGCGAAUAGCAUGUGUUCUCUAUGUCAAGGAUGAAAACACAUCUCGUGCUGUAGAUGACCCAAUGCGGUUAUCUACAAUGGAGGAGCAGCUCAAGAACAUCCUCCGUGGCUGUGAUGAUGAUGAGAAAGUGGCUCGUACAAGUUUCUCCAUGGGGUUCACCCAUAUGGACCGGAGGCUUCACCAGAUGCUGUUUGCUGAUAGGGAUUAUGAAAGUAGCGGAGUGGCCAUAGAGGCAGACUAUCCUCCCUCUUUCAAACCAAACAUUACAGUUGAGCAUUGUGAGGAGAAAGGGUACUCAGUGGUUACUGUUCGGUGCAAAGAUCGGUCGAAGCUGUUGUUUGAUAUUGUAUGCACUCUCACGGACAUGCAAUAUGUUGUUUUUCAUGCUUCCAUCUCAUCUGAGGGCCCCUAUGCAUUGCAGGAAUAUUAUAUUCGUCACAUGGAUGGUUGCACACUUGACACUGAGGGAGAGAAAGAAAGGGUCAUCAAAUGUCUUGAAGCUGCAAUUCGACGGAGAGUAAGCGAGGGCCUCAGCCUGGAGCUCUGCGCAAAAGACAGGGUAGGCUUGCUCUCUGAAGUAACAAGGAUUCUUCGAGAGAAUGGAUUGUCGGUCACAAGAGCAGGUGUGUCGACGAACGGGGAGCGGGCAAUGAACGUGUUCUACGUAAGAGAUGCUUCGGGAAAUCCAGUGGACAUGAAGACCAUCGAAACAGUUCGUAAGGAGAUUGGACACAGGAUGAUGCUUAAUGUGAAGAAGGUUCCACCGGGUUGCGCCAAGGAACCCGAAGCCAGUGGAUGGGCCAAGACGAGCUUCUUCUUCGGGAGUUUAUUCGAAAGAUUCUUGGCUUGAAACUCUUGUCCAUUUCGGCUUGUAACUGACACAAUAUGCCUGUACAGAGUAGAAUAAUGAAGGUGCUGUGUGCCAGCUAAUUUGCUUAGUUUGGUUUCCAGAUGAAAUGGCUGUAAGUUAUGUUGAGCUUUCUUGUAGCUGCAUGCUUUGCUUCAAGCACAAAAUGCUUGUAGAUUAAUUGUGAAUGUUUCGACCAUGCAUUGUCAAA